AUUUGACAGCGACUGUGAAAGCUACGUCGUUCGGUUGCAAGACGCAACUGAACUAUCGCGCGCAUUUCGUGUUCGUCCAAUAUUCAAAUUUGGAAUACUCACUUGAAAUAUAGAUUAAUUUAAAUAUCGUUCUAAUUACAUUGCAUAGAUAAUAAAAAUAAGUUUCGAUUCGAUUGUUUCUGUGUCGACUGAAUUUGUUCGAAUUUUGAAGUGAAUUUGUGUUUUCCGAGUGUUAAAAAUAUUUUAAAAUGUUUGUGGCGUCUGUGGCCGUAUGCUAAUUUGAUUCGACUAGGAUAUUUGACGGUAGCCGACCAACUACCAGCGCCUGUAGAGAUGCAGGCCCGACACAAUCUCUUGUGGCAUUUGCUAAUCGACCUUCCUAUAUUACUAUUGGUCGCAGCAGUUUGUAUAUUACUGGAGGUGGGGGCUCUACCCAGCAGGCAAAGUGGCUUCCGAUGCAAUGAUCCCGACCUCUCGUUCCCGCACACGGGAGACACUAUAUCCAUCUCGCUCGUCGCAGCUGUCACUGUCAUAGUGCCUUUUAUUAUCAUAUGGGCAGUAGAAGCAGCAUUGCACAGGGAUGACGAAUACACAAUAAAGAAGAAUAAGCUAUACGCCAGCGUGGGCACAGCUGGGCUGAUCUACCGCGACUAUAUAUACGGAGCCGUAGUGAACCUGACCGUCAUGGAGGUUGUCAAGUGUGUCGUUGGCUCGCCACGGCCGACGUUCUUCGAUCUCUGCGAGCCGGAUAAAGCUAGCACUUGUAAUGAUUCGGAGUAUGUAGCAAGCUACACGUGCACCUCCACGCGUUACUCUCGGUACCUUCAAAUUGAUGCUGGACGGAGCUUUCCCUCAGCCCAUACCUCUCUAGCUGUCUUCUGUGGAUUGUUUUUGGCGUGGUACCUUCAAAGGCGAGCAUUCAGUUGGCACAACCGCUCUGUGCUCAUCGUGCCACUCGUUCAGAUCCUGUGCAUCAUUUAUGCGGUGGUCUGCCCGCUCACGAGGGUUACUGACCACAGACACCACUGGUGGGAUGUGGUCGCUGGAGCCGUUAUGGGAUUGGGCAGUCUGGUGUAUACUGUCCUAGUCCUGUGCAAGAACUUCUCCCAACCCUCGGUGGUCAGCACCAGCGAUAUAUCCAGUAGUGACGGCAACAACCACCAGUCGGUUCGCCGGCUGCUGUCCCACGAGCCAAGAGUGGUGGUGCCGUAGCCACACGCUGUCUAGUGAUGAACUUAUAGUGAACGGUCAUGCCGCUUGAGCAAUUUGCAUGAACGUUUGAUGGAUGUUCUGUUGUUUAUGAAAAUAUUAUGUUCAAGUAUUUGAAAACACUCCCAUAAAUUCAAUAACCGUUUUCCCAAUGCUAUUUAAUUAUUAUAGUAUCAAAAAUUAUACAAUAUUACUCUUAAUUACGUAAUGUUAAAUUUUGACUCUAAACUUUCAUGCAAAUUGAACGUCAAAAUAUAUCGUGUGGAUCCACAAUUAUAAAAAAUAUUGGUAGACGUUUGGCAAUUAAAGAGUAGAGUAAUUUGUAAAUAAAUUGGAUUGUAUAAAUUGGUUACAUCGAAUUAAUGUAGAGAUUCAUAAAAAUCAAGAUUUAACAGUGCCCGUUCAUUGACAUAUGUUUAAAGUUUAGUUACCUUUGUUAUUUAUUUAAUGUGUAAUAAUACGUAAAAUAAUCCCUCUAUCGAUUUAACAAAUUUGCUUUAAUUUCAAAUACAUACAUUAUAUAUACCUUUUGAAUAUCUAUAGCAGAGUUUUAUAACCUCAUGCAAUGUGAUUAUUAGAAUCUAUUGUCUGUAUCAUUAGCUUUAGGUAUAGAUAAUGGUUAAUUGGAAUUUUACUCCGACUUCAAAGUAUUGAAGUAUAUUUCCGCCUUGUGCAUGUAAAUUAAUGAGGGAAGGGAAACACGUUUUCUAUUCUCUUUGUACUUGGUAAAUUUAAAAGUACCUACCUAAUACAAAUUAGCAAAAUAAAAUUACAUAAUAGUUAUCAACCAGUGACUAAUUAAAAAUAUUUUAUAACUUUAACUUAUUCAUUAAAAAGUAGUAUAUUUACUGCCAAAUUUCUUUGCAAAUUGACAAAAUAUUGUUAGACUACUUAAAUGAAUAUCGACUGCGCCCUGCUACGCUAGCCUUAUUACUUAUGAGUUAAAAUAACCGUUUCAAAAACGUUUACAUUUUCAAUUAUCAUGUAGAAUGUUGAGAAUAGUUCAAAUAUGUCAUUAUUUUUAAGUGAAAGAUUUUUAAUGUUUCCAUAAUAUUUGUAAUACCCGAAAGGCGGGAAACAAUUUUCGUAUUUGAGCUGUCAUUUAUCAGUUGAAUGCCGUUGCGUUAACUUGACAGCUAAAAACGCGGGAAAGAAUACCGCUCGCUGAUUGACUCAGUGAAUGCAACUUUUUCGUUGACAUUUUAAAAUACUGGCCGGUAAAGUUCGAGUAGUUAUUGCGAUAUUAGUUUAUACUCGUACUGUCAAUUGAAAUUGAAUUAUAGAAAAUUAGUUCACGUAACCAAUGAAAGUAUUUACUAUGUAGUACCUGUCUAGUCGUAAGUAGUUUUAGUCUAUUUAUAUUUAUUUAAGGACAAUCUUCUGUUACCCACCUAUUUUCUGUUAGAUAAAAUAGAUUGCGGUGAACAAAUGCUCUUUGGAGUGCUAUUUUGAGUAGUUUCUAUAAGUUUGUUUGAAAGAAAAAUGAUGCGUAAAUGACAAUAGUUUUCUUAUUUUACAUAAAUAACUCUGUAAAUCUAUUGACAUGUAUCUAAUUACACAUUUGAUUUUGUAUAUUUCAAUCGUCACUUAACAAUUAUUAUAUUAUUUGCACGCCCCGGCUCCGCCUGGGUAGUCAUCGCAAUUGAAAUAAUAUCUUUUUAACCGAUUUUAAUCCGAUUUUAACAUAAUGUGCAAAUUUGAUUAAAAUCGGUUGAGUAGUUUAGGAGUCCAUCGCGGACAAACAAUGUGACACGUAAUUUAUAUAUAUAUUAAGAUUAUAGCGAGCUUCAGUUUGUGUUCAGUUCUUUAUAUUUGUUUACAUUUUCUUAUCCUUUAAUUAAUGACAAUGCAAGUAUGACGUAUAAAGGCGCCUUUUCAGUACAAAAUAUUAUUUUAAUGUUAUUUUGAAUUAGUAUCAGUUAUCAUAAAUAUUAUGUUCUUUUAAAUACAGUCCACAAACAACAAAAAUGUCUCGUUAAUAAUAUAUUUCAUAAAAAUGUACGACUUGGAAGCUUUUUUAUUUUGAACUUAUUUUUUUUUUUUUUUUGUUUAAGACCUUUACAUUGUCUCGUAAAACCUUUGUAUCCGAAUAUGAUUGCCUAUAAUCUACUUAUUUAUAUACUUAUACAUAAAUAACUUUUUUCUUAAGAACAAUGCAAAUAUAUUCUGUACGUUGUGUAGUUUUGUGUAUGUGUGUGUAAAUGUGCAGUCUAGAAACUUCUUUUUCAAACAUUCCUUUGCAUUUACGUGUGUUUUGUACAUAUUAGUGUAGAAGCAUUAGAUAUAAAUAAAGAGUUACAUUUUUAA